GGACACUCCUGGCAUUAUUGUCAGUCCGAAUAGCACCUCACUCAGUCAAGCGCAGGCAACGGCACAGACCCCAAGACCCUCCCAGCUGCGACGCUGUUCGCAACUCUCCGACCGCUCUCCGAUGGCUUCCCCGCCGCCGUCUUGGUUUGCGGGAAGAAGUAAGGUUAAUGAACCAGAUCAAUCAGAUCCUCAACAACCAAUUCAUUUUGAUCCUACACAACCCAUAUUAUCAGAACCAACACCUCUGAGAAGUGAGCCUUAUAUUCCGCCUACAAUGGAUUUAUCAGAAAAUACAGAUUUUGAAGAACAAAUGGAGCAAGUUAGGAUAGUUCUUCCAACUCACUCAACAAUAGAAGAGAAGAAUAAGAUUUUGGAAACCAACCAGUCAGCGAUUAUCUUGACUGGAGCGGCUGCUGCAUUGGCACAAGGGGGACCAACAGUAGGAUCAAUUGACAUUGGCGAGAAUGAAGACUCAUACUUAUUCCGUGUCUCUAUACCAGGGGCUUUGAAGGAAGACAAAUUUAGUUGUGAUGUUGAUCCUGAUGGGAAAGUAUUCAUACAAGGAGUAACUACAACAGGAGGGAAAAUAGUAUGCAGGGAUUUCCAUGUCUUUAAGAUGAAGACGCAAAAUCUGUGCCCACCAGGUCACUUCUCUGUCUCUAUCCAGCUUCCUGGUCCAGUUGAAAGCGAGCAAAAAAUUGUGUCUCUGGAGAAUGACGGGAUUCUGGAGGGCAUUUUGAAGAAAAAAUUACCUUAAAAUAUUUGCUUCGAGGAGCUUGUAUGUUUUAGUAUGAUGAAGAGGUCUGAGUUGAAUGGAGAAGACUCCAUAUGUUAGGACUUAAGAUGUAGACAAUAAAUAAAUAAUUGCCUCUGUUUUGCGGGGGAUGAAGCCUGGGAUACAAGCUAGAGGUGAUAUACCGUACUCUUGCUCGAGCCCAAGUAAUAGUGAACUGGGGCUUUGCUAAGCUGUAUGUAUGCACUCAUUUUAAGACUGGAAGCUGUGUUCAUGGGUGGACUAUGUUUUGUUACCGUAGAUAUCUACCAAGGCCAGUUCAUGGUGAAACAGCUGGUUGUGAUUAACAGCUUGCUGAUCAAAGCACCAAACUGCAGUUAAUGGCUGAAGCAAUUUUGGCAUCAUAAAGUUUUCUUGCCAUCUGGAACCGCAUAAUUUGUAGAGUCAUGAUCUCCAUAGAAGGUGCAGCCCCAGGCGAUGAAGAUGAUGAGGAUGAGGGACAUCUGAAAGCAUGAUGGAUUACAACAAAAAUUUCGGACUUCUCAAUACGCAGAUGUUUGAAAGUCAAAUCGUUGAUAGAUUACCAGAAUAUUUCUGAACCUCUCAAAAUGCAGAUGUUUGAAAUUCAGAUUGGUAGUUUCCGUUUUGCAUCGGUGUACACCGAAUUAUGUUUCAAUCUCUUUGUUUACGAAAUCUAUUGUGCUCCAAGUGUCCUAAACUUUGGACACAAGAACAUUAACUCCACUGCCAGGUUUCAUCUUUGUUAUGUAUCUUCUCACUCGGUCAGCUAUAUCAACAUUUUCAUGUUUCUCGCAGCCGUUCAAGAGAGCUCCCCACAUAGCAACAUUGGGUUGGAUCGGCAUCUCUUCCAGCAGUCUCAUCGCCUCAUCAAAGCAGCCUGCUCGACUCAGAAGACCAAUGCUCUGCAGUCAGUUUUAUGCCAUAAAGAUUUACCAUCGAGGCAAAAUGUCUCUGAACCUCCCCCACAAGACAGAUAUGGCUACAUGCCGAUAAAACCCCAAUUAGCCUCUGAUCACAGGGUUCCAGAUGUAGACACCAGGCUGAGUAAUCUGCCCGAAAACUCUCUUUGCGUAGCCGAGGUCUCUGGCAUCGGAAUUUGCACAAAAAUCGACAAGCCUACUUAACUGGAUGACAUUGUUAAAAAACUGAGGUGGUGAUCAUCAGCCCAUGUAUUUGUUUCAGUUCACUCAUGGUUCUGCAUUUUUCCAUGAGUGAGAGAAUGGUUUUCUGGUGUUUCUUCAUGAAUCAUGAGCAUUUUGAUUCAAAUGGAAGAACUUGAUGGGCAAAUCAAAAGAUGAUCUUUAAACUCCAAA